GUAAUUUCUCAGUUAUAAGGGAAAAACAUGGCCAAGCCCCAAAAGUGAAAAACUGAAAACCCUCAUUCAGCCGCCCAUUUAUGCAACUCUCGUUUUGGUGCCGCAUCCCGCUGUCCAUCCGCCGUCCGCCGCCGCCGUACUGGUCAACUGCUCGACGCUUCUUCUUUCCGAUGGGAGAGUCCGCCUCCGGCAAGAAAGGAAAGCCCGACUCGAGCUCCGCUCCUCCGGCGUACGCCAAAGACGAAGCGUAUCUUCAGACUGUUAUUCCCAAACGCAUUGAGCUUUUCGAAUCCCUGAAAAAUCAGCAGAACCUCAGUCGUCUCUCGCUUUCGCCUGACCCAAUCAAGAUUACGCUGCCGGACGGGAAGGUGAAGGAAGGCAAGAAAUGGAACACAACGCCGUUCGAUGUUGCCAAGGAGAUAUCAAAGAGUUUGGCGUCUAACGCUUUGAUAUCAAAGGUGGACGGUGUUUUAUGGGACAUGAGCCGGCCUUUGGAAGGCGAUUGCAAGCUCGAGCUGUUUACCUUUGAAACUGAUGAAGGCCGUGAUACCUUUUGGCAUUCAAGUGCCCACAUACUUGGCGAGUCACUGGAGCAGGCAUAUGGGUGUCGAUUAUGCAUCGGGCCGUGCACCACGAGAGGAGAGGGAUUUUAUUAUGAUGCAUUUUAUGGUGAUCUGGGGUUGAACGAGGAUCACUUUAAACUGAUUGAAGCAGCUGCCAAGAAAGCUGUUGAUGAAAAGCAACCCUUCGAGCGCAUUGAAGUGACAAGGGAACAAGCUCUCGACAUGUUUUCAGACAACCAGUUCAAGGUUGAAAUUAUUAAGGAUUUACCGGCCGAUAAAACAAUCACAGUAUAUAGAUGUGGUCCGUUGGUUGAUCUUUGUCGUGGACCUCACAUUCCUAAUACAUCUUUUGUGAAAGCAUUUAGCUGUUUGAAGGCAUCAUCUGCAUAUUGGCGUGGUAAUAAAGACCGUGAAAGUUUGCAAAGAGUCUAUGGUAUAUCAUAUCCAGAUCAAAAACGUCUGAAGGAAUACAAAGCCAUGCUGGAAGAAGCGAAAAAAUAUGACCAUAGAGAACUCACUAAAAAGCAGGAGCUUUUCUUUUUUCACCCUCUAAGCCCGGGAAGUUGUUUCUUCUUACCCCAUGGUGCUCGAGUUUGCAACAAGUUGUUGGAAUUCAUUAGAAGUCAGUACUGGAAGAGAGGUUAUGAAGAGGUGUGGACUCCGAAUAUGUACAACAUGCAGCUGUGGGAAACAUCUGGUCAUGCAGCAAACUACAAGGAGAAUAUGUUUGUGUUUGAGGUAGAGAAACAAGAAUUUGGACUCAAGCCAAUGAACUGCCCUGGACAUUGUCUUAUAUUUGAUCAUAGAGUCCGCUCAUAUAGAGAACUUCCACUCCGCCUGGCUGAUUUUGGGGUCUUGCACCGGAAUGAAGCAAGUGGUGCACUUACUGGUUUGACUCGUGUCAGGAGAUUCCAGCAGGAUGAUGCACAUAUAUUUUGCAGGGAGUCACAGGUUAAAGAUGAAGUGAAGUCUGUGUUGGAAUUCAUCAGUUAUGUGUACAAAGUGUUUGGCUUCACUUUUGACCUAAAGUUAUCUACGAGACCAGAGAAAUAUCUUGGGGACUUAGAAGUAUGGGAUAAAGCUGAAGCUGCUCUUGCAGAAGCACUAAAUGAGUUUGGCAAACCUUGGGAGAUAAACGAAGGUGAUGGGGCAUUCUACGGGCCAAAGAUUGACAUCAGUGUUUCUGAUGCAAUGAGAAGAAAAUUUCAAUGUGCUACUUUGCAGCUGGACUUUCAACUCCCUGCUCGUUUCAACUUAUCCUACUCAGCAGAAGAUGAAACCAAGAGGGAGAGGCCUGUUAUGAUACACAGAGCUAUUCUUGGUUCAGUUGAACGAAUGUUUGCAAUACUUUUGGAACAUUACAAGGGCAAGUGGCCGUUUUGGCUUAGUCCACGCCAAUGGGAGUCUCUUUCUCCUCUUUAUCGGGAUAUUGUGGCAUUCAACACCUGUGUAAUUCUGCAUGCUCAUAUUAUUAGAAACUAUUUGGUUAUGCCGUUUGUUAUGACUUCACACGACUUAGCUAACAGACUUGUUAUCGGAUAUUUGCUUAAUGAACAAGUUCGGGAUCGCAUACACGAGGCUGGGUUCUUUGUUGAUGUUGACACAACUGACAGAACAAUUAAUAAAAAGGUGCGUUUAUGCCCUCUCCCAACUCUUUACAGCCUUCUCUAUAGCAUGACUGGUAUAAUCCUCCAUAUCUUGGUACGAGAAGCUCAAAUGGCCCAGUACAACUACAUAUUGGUGGUUGGGGAGAAAGAAGUUGGAACUGGACAGGUGGCCGUGAGGGUUAGAGAUGGGAAUGAUGCCACAGUCAUGAGCUUGGAGGAUCUGUUGAAUCUAUUCAAGGGUGAUGUUGCAGCUUUUAGGUAGUUGCCUUUAUUUCAUACAAACCAAAAGUACGAAAUUUUUGCAUUGUGAUUGAUUUCUUGGAUAUUGUUACUGAGAUGUACGAAAUAGACAAAAUAGAAAACUAAGGAACAUAAAAACGCGAUAAGUAGCAGCACGAAAACCUGCCUCAAGAAUUUGAAUGAUGUUUCCAUAUAUAGUGGACUGUUCCAUUUA